AUGAGUGACCGCUAUUUAGACCAAAGGAUUAGUACCAAAUUUUGCGUGAAACUGAACAAGUCUGCCAGUGAGAUUUUGAAAGAAGCCUAUGGGGAUGAAGUGAUGUAAAGGGGUCGAGCUUUUGACUGGUACAAAAGGUUUAAAGAAGGGCAGGAAGUUGUUUGAGAUGAUCCACGAAGUUGUCCAGUCAUCCACAGGACAGAUGAAGAUAUCCAGAAGGUCAAAGAGUUGUUUUGUUCAAACAUAUAGUUAAUGGUAAAAAUGAUGGCUGAAGAAUUAAGUUUAGAUAAAGAAACUGUUAGACUCAUUCUGAAAGAAAACCUGAAUAUGAGGAGUGCCAAUGUUAUAUCAGGUAUUUUGAAAGAUGAGCCUAACUUAAGACUAAAAUUUCCAUCUGACCAUUCAAAGGAAACUAGGAAAACAAGCUCAUGUGUGAGGAAAAUGGUAAUACGUUCUGAAACAUGGAGUCACCCGCAGGGCAAAGCUGGCAGGGAAAUGCCCCUGCCUGUGUUACAUCCCAGACUCAACUGCUCUGCCAGCCAACUGCUGCAGGGGUCCUCCUCAGCAACCCUUCCCAGUAGGGUUGCUCAAGAUUGGUUCACACGCUGGUGA